UCUUCAGCGUAGAGGAAUGAAUGCACAACAUCCGGUUGAAAGUCAACACGUGUGGUAAAGAAGCUAAAAGAAAACAUAUUCUAAUAUCGAGGUCAUUUGUUUGCUAAGAUGGCAUCAUUAAGAAAUUUGGAGAAAGCUAGAGCGAGGAAGCACAGGGAAAGAAGCCAGCCGGCUGCUAGAGCAAAAUUGGGAUACCUGGAAAAGAAGAAGGAUUAUAAGGAAAGAGCAAGUGACUACCACAGACAACAAAACACAUUAAAAGCUCUGAAGAAGAAAGCACUGAACAGAAAUCCAGAUGAAUUUUACUUCAACAUGGUCAGAACCCAGAAGGUGGAUGGGGUACACCAAAGAAAGGAAGAGACAGAACCAGAGGUGACAGAGGUUCAAACUAAAUUCAUGUUUUCUCAGGAUCUUCGAUACGUCAAUAUGAAACGGACAGCAGAACUAAAGAAAAUUGAGAAGUUGAAGUCAUCUUUGCAUCUCCUUGACAGUGAAGACAAACCAAAAAACAAACACACAAUUUUUGUUGACACAGAGAAAGAUGUCAAGAAGUUUGAUGCAGCAAAGCACUUUGACACUCAUCCUUCCCUUCUUGGACGAGCCUACAAUAGACCCACCACACAAAUGUUACAGACAGGGCAGAUUCCAGCCCCGGCCGACCAAACGGAACUAGAGGAACUGGCGAAGGAACAGGAGAAAAAAUACAAGGAACUCACCAAGCGGAUUGAACGUGAAAAAGAACUACGCAUUAUUGCACAGAAACUGGAAAUGAAAAAACAUCUAAUGGCUAAAAAAGAAAAGAAGAAGAAAAUAGCUGACGAGACAAAAACAUCUGCAGCUCAAUACAGAUGGUGUACACAAAGGAAAAAAUGAACAAGUCACAGAUGAAAAUAUUCAUGUUAAAAGAAUUGGGCAGAGAAAGUUUGCAGUCUGCAGAAUGUGAUAUGAGUCAAAGAUGCCUAGUUGAACUCACCUGUUUUUAGCCUAAUGCAUUCCAGGAAAAUCAGUUUCAACUAGCCCCAACUUUAACACGCUGUUACUAGUCUCAUCUUUGUCUCAAUGGUCUGCCAUCUCACGUUUUGAUUACUGGGAAAUGUGCAAUAUUAUUGAUUCAGACAUGUCUACGUGUACAGUAUGGUACACGGGAGAGUUUGUCCAGACACGUCUACAUGUACAUUAUGAUACACAGGAGAGUUUGUCAGACAUGUCUACGUGUACAGUAUGAUACACGGGAGAGUUUGUCAGACAUGUCUACAUGUACAGUAUGAUACAGGAGAGAGUUUGUCAGACACGUCUACAUGUACAUUAUGAUACACAGGAGAGUUUGUCAGACAUGUCUACGUGUACAGUAUGAUACACGGGAGAGUUUGUCAGACAUGUCUACGUGUACAGUAUGAUACACGGGAGAGUUUGUCAGACAUGUCUACGUGUACAGUAUGAUACACGGGAGAGUUUGUCCAGACAUGUCUACGUGUACAGUAUGAUACACAGGAGAGUUUGUCAGACACGUCUACAUGUACAGUAUGAUACACAUGAGAGUUUGUCCAGACAUGCCUUCGUGUACAGUAUGAUACACGGGAGAGUUUGUCCAGACAUGUCUACGUGUACAGUAUGAUACACAGGAGAGUUUGUCCAGACAUGUCUACGUGUACAGUAUGAUACACGGGAGAGUUUGUCCAGACAUGUCUACGUGUACAGUAUGAUACAUGGGAGAGUUUGUCCAGACACGUCUAUGUGUACAGUAUGAUACACGGGAGAGUUUGUCAGACACGUCUACAUGUACAGUAUGAUACACGGGAGAGUUUGUCAGAUAUGUCUACAUGUAUAGUAUGAUACACGGGAGAGUUUGUCCAGACAUGUCUAUGUGUACAGUAUGAUACACGGGAGAGUUUGUCAGACAUGUCUAAGUGUACAGUAUAAUACACGGGAGAGUUUGUCAGAUAUGUCUACGUGUACAGUAUGAUACACGGGAGAGUUUGUCAGACAUGUCUACAUGUACAGUAUGAUACACGUGAGAGUUUAUCAG